CUCGCUGCCUUGCCGGGAGUCCCACCUGUGUCCCCACAGCCCUGUCACGAAUCCCGGUCGGGUUCUGGGCAGGACCGCCACGGCGUAGCGGGCCGGCUGCGGCUCGGUGGUGGAGGACCCUCGCUCGGUGUUCCGUCCGGGGCUGGGCCCGGGGGCGGUUUUAAACCAGAGAGAUGAUAUGUAUUCCCAGUACAUUCUAAGUGGCCAAUAGCAAUGUCUGUAAAUGCAUCAGUGUUCCCAGGAAAAGUGUUUGUGUAUUCUAGUAGUACCAGGUGCUUCGACAGGAACUGAUGACCCUCAGUGAUGUGGCUGGGGACUUCAGGGACAAGUGGGUUACCUGGACACUGCUUAGAGAGUCCUCUUCAGGGAUGCCGCCCAGCACAGAUACAAGAAUGGGCUCCCAAAGGGAUUUCGAAACCAAGUGUAAUCUCCCAGCUGGAGCAGAAAGAAGAGGCAUGGGUCCUUCCACUGCAAAAUUUUGAGGCAAGGAAGAUCCUGAGGGAAAGUCACACAGAAUUUAAGCAUCAGGUGGUACAACUCGAUCAGGACGUUUCCGAAACUGCAGAACCAUGUGGAACAUCCUCAGAAGGGGCCAAUAAAGAUAUUUCUCCUCCCCCUAGCUGGGGAGGAAACUGGGAGAGGGGUCUUGAGUUAGAAGGGCAGCAUGGUACCCUCUUGGGAGAGGGUCAGCAGGGGCCCUUUUCACAGGAGAAGGAAUUAAACAAGCUCCUGGAAGGAUAUAUAGGAAAGAAGCUGGUGUGUGUGGAAUGUGGGAAAAGCUUUAACCAGAGCUCCUAUCUCAUAAGGCACCGAAGAACCCAUACUGGCGAGAGGCCCUAUAAGUGCAUGGAGUGUGGGAAAGGCUUCAAACAGAGUUCAGACCUCAUCACCCACCGCAGAACACACACAGGAGAGAAACCCUACCAGUGCCACAGGUGUGAGAAAAAAUUCAGCGACAGCUCGACCCUCAUCAAACAUCAGAGAACCCACACGGGCGAGAGACCCCACCAGUGCCCCGAGUGUGGGAAGACUUUUGCACGGAAACCGCACCUCACGGUGCACCAGAGAACCCACACGGGGGAGAAGCCCUACGUGUGCCUUCAGUGUCACAAGAGCUUCAGUCGGAGCUCCAAUUUCAUCACCCACCAGAGGACCCACACCGGAGUGAAGCCCUACAGGUGUCGCGACUGCGGGGAGAGUUUCGGCCAGAGCUCGGAUCUGAUUAAGCACCAGCGGACCCACACGGGAGAGCGGCCCUUCAAGUGCCCCGAGUGCGGGAAGGGCUUCCGAGAUAGCUCUCAUUUUGUGGCCCACAUGAGCACUCACUCGGGAGAAAGGCCCUUCAGCUGUCCUUACUGCCACAAGAGUUUCAGUCAGAGCUCGCACCUGGUCACGCACCAGAGGACACACACGGGCGAGAGGCCUUUUAAGUGCGAUGGCUGUGGGAAGGGUUUUGCCGACAGCUCUGCCCUGGUCAAGCACCAGCGGAUCCACACCGGAGAAAGACCCUAUAAAUGUGGCGAAUGCGGCAAGAGCUUCAACCAGAGCUCUCACUUCAUCACGCACCAGCGGAUCCACUUGGGAGACAGACCCUAUCGCUGCCCCGAGUGCGGCAAAACCUUCAAUCAGCGUUCCCAUUUCCUCACACACCAGAGAACGCACACAGGAGAGAAACCCUUUCACUGCAGUGAAUGCGACAAGAGCUUCCGGCAGAAAGCACACCUUUUGUGCCAUCAGAACACUCACCUGAUGUAGGAAAUAGUCUUUCGUGCUUCUCCUCCCUUCCAAAUUUCCGUCGCUGUUGUCUUUGUUUCUGUUUCUUCUUGGCUGCGCUGCAAGGCACAUGGAACCUUAAUUCCCUGUGUGCAUGCUCGGUCGCUCAGUCAUGUCCAACUCUUUGCAACUCCAUGGACUGUAGCCCACCAGCUCCUCUGUCCAUGGGAGUUCCCAGGCAAGAAUACUGGAGUGGACUGCCAUUUCCUUCUCCAGAGGAUCUUCCCGACCCAGGGAUGGAGACCAGGGGUCAAACCUUGCAUUAGAAGUUCGGAGUUUCAGCCACUGGACCACCAGGAGGUCCCACCGCUAUUAUCUCUAAGUGCUCCAAAUAGAGAAAAGCUGAGCAUUGGUAGCUCAUGUCAGGCCCUAAUCUGUUCUCUUUUUCUGUUUUUUCAUGGCAAGGAUAAACCUAGAGGGUCCAAACAGUGUUCUAAACACAAAAAGCAUUCCUUCAGUGUUUUUGACUGACUUAUAGAGAAAUGUGAGUUUUGUGGUUGAUGCCUGGUUACUAAAAGAGAAGUGAGAUAAAUGUAGUCAUUCUAUCAUUGUGUGUGUGCUAAGUCCCUUUGGUCCUAUCUAACUCUUUGCGACCCCAUGGGACUGUAGGUCACCAGGCUCCUCUUGCCAUGUGAUUCUCCAGGCAAGAAUACUGGAGUGGGUUGCCAUUUCCUCCUCCGGGAUCUUCCUGACCUAGGGAUCCAACCCAGGUUGCUUGCAUUGCUGGCAGAUUCUUUACCGCUGAGCCAACAGGGAAGCCCUAAAUGACUCAUUAUGGGUCAUGUAAUUAACUCACAGAAAAACCAGAAUCUGUCUGCAGGUCUCCUCUUCCACAACAUGGAACAGACCAGCUCUGGGAUUUGUUAGAGCAUCUCUGAGACACCACACAACUGAAGGAACCAUAUUAUGUCCAUUAAACCACUCUGAAAUUGGAGAUGAUGUGGGGAGGUAGCCUAGGUUCCCAACAACUUUACAGGGUCCGAUGCUGGGGUCCUUGAUCCUCAUGGAAGAUGUAAGUGGGUAAGGAAGGAGUUGAGUAUUGAACACUCUGGAGAGAAAAGUGGGAGACUGGUUUUUCUUUCAAGCUUUCCUAUGUCAAUACAGACUAAUAGAUCAGCCUUGGAACACUAGUUCUCUUCCAGUAUAUGGAGUGCCAUCUGAGUGCUAAAACAGGGGAUAGAACUCAGAUGAUGACCUAAACACUUUCUUUAAUAGAUAAUUGAUCAGGGGGACUUCCCUGGUGGUCCAGUGGCUGAGGCUCCAUGCUCCCAAUGCAGGGGGUCCAGGUUCUGUCCUUGGUCAGGGAACUAGAUCCCACCUGCCGAAACUAAGCAUUCAAAUACCACAA